CCGCCCCGCCCCGCGUGUCCUUUUUCCUCUGCGCCGCCUGUGUUUAGUGCAGAGCUGCGGAUCCGUCGCGCGUCUGCUCUUGUGCGACCGCUGCUGAAGCGCUGUCGCAGCUGGGCGCGGAGCGACAUCCACGGUUCAGCAGCCUCUGGUGUCAUGUCGCAGAGUGGGGUCCCCGCGUUGCAGGAGGAGAACCUGCAGGGCUCCUGGGUAGAAUUGCACUUCAGCAAUAAUGGGAAUGGGAGCAGUGUUCCAGCCUCAGUUUCUAUUUAUAAUGGUGACAUGGAAAAAAUACUGCUAGAUGCCCAGCGUGAAUCUGGACGGAGUAGCUCAAAGAGUUCUCACUGUGACAGCCCACCUCGCUCACAGACACCACAAGAUACUAAUAGAGCUUCCGAAAUAGAUACACAUAGCAUUGGAGAAAAAAACAGCUCUCAGUCAGAGGAAGAUUAUAUUGAGAGAAGGAAAGAAGUUGAAAGCAUCUUGAAGAAAAACUCAGAUUGGAUAUGGGAUUGGUCAAGUCGGCCAGAAAAUAUACCCCCUAAGGAGUUCCUCUUUAAACACCCGAAGCGCACAGCUACUCUCAGCAUGAGAAAUACAAGUGUUAUGAAGAAAGGGGGCAUUUUCUCAGCAGAGUUUCUGAAGGUUUUUCUUCCGUCUCUGCUACUGUCUCAUCUACUAGCCAUUGGAUUGGGGAUUUACAUUGGAAGGCGUCUGACAACCUCCACCAGCACUUUUUGAUGAAGAAUUGGAUCCAGCUUUGUUCAUGUGGUGGGGAUUUGUAUCUGAGCUUGUGACAGCUGAUGUGAAGAGCUAUCAUGAUCCUUGGGUGGCUGCACCACUUGUUUAUUCUGUACAUGCUGCGUUCCUGAUUAGUAAAGUGAAUAGACACUAAAAUCAUGCUGAUCUAUAAUUAUACCUAUGGGAUCAAUUAAUAAGCAUGGCAGACUAAUAUCUACUGUAUAAAUUUGGUAGUAAAUUUUCUUUGGUUAUUAGAUAUAAAUAAUAUAAAUAAUUUUAAUAUACUAGUCAUGAUGUAUGUAGUAUUUAAAAAUAUGUAACUUUAAUUCAGUUAAAACACUUUAAUAUUUCAAAGAAUGAAUAAAAUUAAUAUUAAAAUCACUACAUUAAGGGGUUUGCCCAAAAGAAAUAGUGUGGCCUUAUAAUUACACUAUUGUAGAAUAUGUUUAAUUUAGAUGGAUGCAGAUUGUCUGUAAAGAUCACUUAACUAUAUAAAUUGUUCUUAAUAGAGAACAAGGUAGUUAGAAAUUCCACUGUGAGUUGGUACACUAAGCAAUUGUUGCUUUUCCAGUGUCAGGACUCCAGGUAGUCACCUUAGGUGGUCAGUUUUCUGACAAAGGCAGUUAUUUAAUCUCUUAUCCUUCGUUACUCUGGAUUGCUCGAUUUAAUUUUACUGUUUGUGCUCAACUUUUGUGUGCUCUUAAAAUUAGCUUUAUUGAAAGCAAAUCUGUCUACUUUAGAAGUCUGGAAGUAGAAAAAAUAAAUUAUUGCCAAAUACUUUGGAGAUUAUUGUACUUACAUAAGAUUAAGAAUCAAAUAUGAAAGUUUCUUGAUUAAGUCAGGCCUGUUCCCCAUUGUCAUUCUUUUAUCUUUUCUACAGCAUGAUUUUUAGAAAGGCUGCAUCUUUGAUACAAUGCUGUGUGUAUUAUACUGUAUUUGUUUCACCUUUCCACCCUUAAUUCAGGUGUGUUAAAAUAAAUGUAACAUUUUAACUUUUAAAA